AUGGCUGGCAUCGUUGGUGCUAUCAGAAAUAACAAGAUCGGUAUGGCGGGUAUUCUGGACAGUGUGCGCAUACUGCCCAUAUUCGAUGGUAAAGAUUUGACUUAUUCCGCAAUCGAGGAUGCUUUCACCUACCUGAUCGAUAAGAGGAAAGGUGAUGUGAGAGUUAUUCUCAUGACGGAAGGGUCCGAUUCAAGUAGUUCCCAAGCCGUUACCGACAAGAUUCUGGAAGCAACUGCAGCUGGCAUGCUCGUUGUCGUCACGGCAGGGAAUUAA